UACUAGAACGUGUCAAUCAGAUACCAGAUGAAGAAGUAAUCAUCAGAUGCGUAUGAAGAGAAAAAUAGUCAUUUUGUAAUUUGGAUCGACCUGGAUUCCCAUAUCAUUUGGGAGGGUACCUUUAUCAUUUGUCGUUGGCCUUAUACACUAGUUCAACCGAGAGGAUAAACUCGCUAUCUUUCUCUCUUCUUCUUCUUUAUUCUUCGUUCUUCUUCUUCUCUUUUUUCUCCUUUUCUUCUUCUGCGAGUUUUGAGAGAGAUCAAAUGGAAGUUCUGAGAUCAAAAGAAGGUGGAGAAGAUCAUAUUGUAGUCGGUAGUGAUGAUGAUGGUGUUUAUUGUUGACUCAAUUCGAAAUAUGGGAUGAAUCAAAAGUUAGGGUUUCUCUGUGAAUCGAUGAAGGUGAAGAUGAUAACGAGUUUUAGAUCGAGAGAUGAAGAAUAGAGUUGUGGAUAGAUGAAUAAGCAAGGGUUGAUGUUUGAUUGAAGUUGCAGGAUUGUUUGAUGUCUGAAUCAAAAGUUAGGGUUUCUGGAAGAAAUCAAAAAUGAAUUAGAAGUUGAAAUUGAUGCUUUAAUAAGAGGAUUCAAGAUGGGUAAUGGUCGAUUGGAUGAAUUAGAGUUAGAGAUGAAGAAUAAUUCGAGAUUAAAGAAGAUUAGGGUUUCUGUUCUUCUCCAAAACAGAAAUUGGGUUUUUAGAAGAAUUAAUUUGGAGAUGUAGCAAUUCAUAGGGUGCUAGUGACUGGGUAAGCUUCUAAAUAAUCUUAAUUUUAGUAUUUUGAUUUGAAUUAGUUUAUUUAAUGAGUUUAUGAGUUGUUAUGGAAUAAGAACUGAGAUUGGAUGAGCUUAUUGGAGUUUGUGUUGAUGAAUUAGAGUUAGGUAAAGAGGCUUGUGAUGUUGUUGUGGGUGUUAUUGAUUGAAGAAUGAGACUUGAGAUUUAAGUAUAAAUGUUGGUACUGAUGGUGAUUGUUCAGAAUGGUGUAGUAUAAAGUGGAAUAGAACUGCAUGUGUUUUUGGUAUGUUGAAUGCGUGAUUCUUGAGUAAACUGAGUAUAGAUGAAAGAAUUGUUUGAGGUAUAUGAAACUGCGGUUAUGGUGGUGUUGGUUGAAUUUUGUUGUUGAGUUGCGGUUAAAUGGUGGAUGAAAUAGACGCAGGGGAGAUUGAUUUGGUAUUGUGUUGGGAUUUAACUGAAGUUAGUUGUAAUGUAAUCUGUGUUUGAAUCAGCUGUGUGAGUUUAAUGAUGAGUGUUGCUCAACUGAGAACAAUAGUAGUUGUAAAGCUGUUUUGGCAGUGGCCUUAGUGAAAGCCUGCAACUGCAGAUUAAGUUAAUCUGUAUUAACAACGAUCGAUUCAAAGGAUGAACCAGUGGAUCGUGGAUCUCGAGGUAGGCGUGGCUUGUCAUCAAAAGAGAUUUCUCCGAAGAGAUUAUUCGAUUGGCAUUGGCCAUCUAAUUGGCUGCUCCGUUGAGGUUUUAAAUUGAUUCUCGGUGUAUUCUGAAAUUGGAUCAGCUCAUUUUCUGCAUAAGUUUUGUUCGGGAGGAAACAAGACAAAGCGCCAAGCAAUUUCUUUGAAAUUUGGUUUCGUAAUAUAUAAAAAUCCUUAGGUUGCAUCGUUUCAAUGGGAUGUGCAAACUCAAAGAAAUCGCGAUGUCAGCGCUGCAAAAAUCCCUAUAUUCAAAGCUCCUCUGUAGCCGUUUAUCAACCAGUUCGACGUAGUAAAGCCGGCAAAGGUACCGAUCAACAUUUUGUUGCUUUAACUUCUACUACAAUUGGCUCUCUUCAUUUUGACUCGUUGGAUCAAAGCCAUAAUCAUCUUAAUCACAACAACUGCAAACAAGAGCACCAGGAGACGAACACCAACAGCAGCAGUAACAACAAGAAGAAUCUCAUCAACAAAGAGUGCAGUGGUGAAAAGGAAAACAAAGGAAUGCCCAAGGAUGUCAUCAUCCAAGAUAAGGUUUCGUCCGAGGUUCGUAAAAUCAUCCCGAAAACACCAACAAGAACGCCGCCUGGUGAACCGGAAAACAUUAACACUUGGGAGUUGAUGGAAGGAUUAGACGAAGCUAAUCUAGUACCUGACCAUUGUUUUUCCUUCCAUAAUGUAUUCAACCAAACAAAUUUCUAUCAGUCCAACCAUAGGUUACAAGAAGCUGGUCUUGAAUCCCCAAAACCCUUGUGGCUUGAGAUGGCAAAUAAGGAAUCAAGUACACAGUCAAAUUCGAUCAUUUCGGAUUUUGAUCCAGACAUCAUCAACACAUUCAGAAAAGCACUUGAAGAACUUUCUCCAAGGACUUCAUUUAAACUCCGGACAUCAGGUGCAACUUCUCCAUGCAAUAAUAAUACAUUGUUCACGAAGGAUUCCACAAUGGAAACCAAGAACAAGGUACAAAGUACUAAUGCAGUCGGACAAACUAAAUUCCCACCGUUUGGGCAUGACAAGGUGGUCAUCUAUUUCACCAGUAUGAGAGGAGUAAGAACGACGUACGAAGAUUGCUGUUAUGUGAGAAUGAUACUGAAAGGCUCGGGAUUUCGAAUAGACGAGAGGGAUGUUUCGAUGCACAAGGAGUUUAGGGAGGAGUUGAUCGAGUUACUUGGAGAUGAGUGUAAUGGGAAACUACCCAAAGUAUUUGUUAAGGGAAUGUACCUCGGUGAUGCCGAGGAGGUGAGACAGAUGCACGAGGAUGGGAAGCUGCAAAACAUUUUAGAAGGUUGUGAGGUGGGUGAGGAAGGAGUUUGUGAAAUGUGUGGUGAUGUUAGAUUUAUUCCCUGUGAAAGUUGUUCAGGGAGUUGCAAGAUCUAUUGUGAGGAAGAAGAUGAUGGUGGUGGGAUUGAAAUCGGAGGAAACGGAGUGUUUCAAAGGUGCCCUUACUGUAAUGAAAAUGGGAUUGUUAGGUGCCCCGUAUGCUGUCAUUAUUAGAUAGAAAAAUUGAUUAGUUUUUGUAGUUACUGUGUAGAUUAUUGAAAUUUUUAUCUCAGUUUAAAUAGAAAUUGUUGA